CAUGUCACUUGUUUGUUCUCACAGUCACUGAAGCGAAUUAAGCGUUCGGAUCGUCGAGGUGCCGAGUCUGUCACAGAGGAGAAGUUUACAAUUCUAUUUGAGUCCCAGUUCAGCAUUGGAGGAAACGAGCUGGUGUUUCAUGUCAAGACUCUGUCUCUACCGGUCGUUGUGAUUGUCCAUGGCAGUCAGGACAAUAACGCCACGGCAACAGUCCUGUGGGACAACGCCUUUGCUGAGCCGGGAAGAGUGCCGUUUCUUGUCCCUGACAAAGUGCUGUGGACCCAGCUUUGUGAAGCCCUUGAUAUGAAGUACAAGGCAGAAAUGCACAGUGGUCGUGGCCUGACGGAAGAUAACCUGGUCUUCCUGGCACAGAAAGCGUUUUCAAACAGCAGUAAUAACCCUGAGGAUUACCGUAACAUGACUAUUUCCUGGGCCCAGUUCAACCGGGAAAACCUGCCUGGACGCAACUUUACUUUUUGGCAGUGGUUUGAUGGCGUUGUAGAGCUCAUGAAGAAACACCUGAAACCUCAUUGGAAUGAUGGGGCUAUUCUUGGGUUUGUGAACAAGCAGCAGGCUCAGGACAUGCUGAUGUCUAAACCCAACGGCACCUUCCUGCUGCGUUUUAGUGAUUCUGAGAUCGGAGGCAUCACUAUUGCCUGGGUGGCUGAAAAUCCCAACAAACAAGGUGAAAGGCUGGUCUGGAAUCUGCUGCCUUACACAACGAAGGACUUCUCCAUUCGCUCCCUGGCUGACCGCAUAAGUGACUUGAACCAUCUUCUGUUUCUUUACCCUGACCGGGCCAAGGAUGAGGUCUUCGCCAAGUACUACACCCCUCCACUCUCGAAACCAGUGGAUGGAUACGUUAAACCGCAAAUCAAACAAGUUGUACCAGAAUUCACCACCCCAAACCCUGAGCCCUGCACUGGAGUUGUAUUCAUGGACCAGACAGCUUCGUCCUCUGGGAGCCAUUCCAACAACUUUGGCGUCUACUCCUCCAUUAGUGACAACAUGCUGGAUCCAGACGGAGAUUUCGACCUGGAGGACACGAUGGAUGUUGCCCGUCAUGUGGAAGAGUUGCUUCGCAGGCCCAUGGCCAACCAGUGGAGCAGUCAGCAGUCCUGAACCUGAAACGUGAAGCCGUUGCACACCUUUGUGGUGUUUCUAUGUUUGGUUGUUUGUCUUUUUAACACUCACUCCCAAAAAUCCUGGCGGGCAAUAAUAGAGAAGAGUCAGCUUGAUCGACACCUCAAUCCACUUCACGGUUUGGUUUUAGCAUUUAGUUAUGCUUGUCCAUAUGAGGAGAAUAUAGAGCUAUAGUUACUGGCUGAUAUCCUCUCAAGCAGGUUUUUUUUAUAUAUAAAAAGGUGAGACAUGCAGUUAUUUUCAGUAGAAGCUGGACAGUAAUUUCAUGUGUAGCUGAUGAACCUGCAAGACAUGAGGAAACAUUUUAACUGGGGAGAAACAAGCUUAUCCAGGAAUUAUUGUAUAGUCAUCUGUGAAUAAGUACUAAAAAAUUCAUCUAUUUUCUAUUAGCAAUAAAAAUCUGUCAUUAUAUAUUGUCUAAAAACUUUUAAGAGAGACUUCUUGAUAAACACCAGGGACCUUCAACACAAAUGGUACUUACAGACGGAUUUAGUUGACAUGUCAGUUAUUACCUUCAUAGUAAUUUAAACUUUUUUAAGGUUUUGUUGACUCUAGUGGCCUUUAUUUGAGAGUACUUAGACAGAAAAGAGGGUAAUGAGAGAGGGGGAAGACAUGCGGCAAAUGUCAUCAGGCCGGGAUAUUUGCCGCGACCUCCGCCACGAGGAUUAUGGCCUCAAGAGAUGGGUUGUGCUUUGCCCCUGCACCACCACAGCACCCCAGUAAUUUCAACUUCACAAACGGUGUCAACCAUCAGUCAUCUGUCUGUGACUUCAACUUUAUGGCUGAUUCAAACCAGUGAUGAAUCAGUUUGGUCCAAAUAGAUUGGAAUGGCUAUUGAACUUACAGGAAAAAAAUGAUUCUAAUUUCUUUUCUUUUUUUCUAAUCCUUCUGAAGAGAAACCUGUUUGUAUGAAAUAUGAGAUGGCUUAAUAUUAACAAAAAUGAAAGGAAAUGUGUGUGUUUGAUUUUAUCCUUUUCAAUAUCUAAUCCAACAAACUGCUCCAAACCAGAAUCAUCAGAAUGAACUGCCUGGUGUUGGCAGAGAGGGUUUGGCUGGUUUUUCUUUGGUGGAACCAACAAACUGAACUCUACAGGUCGACACUGAGUUUUUCUGACAAAUGUGUCUCCAUGUUGAGGGAAAUAAACAGGCUUUCCAACAAACGUACAGCCGGGAGCCAUUGUCACAACGGAGACAUAACUGAUCAAACACAUUUCCUUCCUUUUGUGCUUUUAAUGAAAAUGUAAUAUUCCUGAAAUAUCAGGUUUCCAAUGUAAAAUGAGCGAAACACUGCCCCCCUCUGCCUCAAUCAGGUGCUGCAAUGUGUAGGAAGGAAGAGAUUUCCACUUGCAACAAGCCAAACAUUUAAAUACUAAAAUAUUUGACCAGUGCAUUCACACAGUGCAUUCUCUAUGCUGUCCUCUGGAAAUGUAGGAUUUGACAUUUUGAACUUUUGAACUGAUAAAUUCUGAAUGCAUGUUUUGCACCAGAGCCUGCAGUGAUGAGAUUGGAACCGACAGCUCUCAUCCCAUUGCUUUGUUUCCAGCCCCAGCUGUGUUUUUGCAGCUCUAAACACAACAAAGAGAUAAUAAGAUGAGCUAAUAGAAAAGGAGACCCAAGCAGAGGAGAGUGUCCCCUGCCACGCACUUGUAAGUUCUAGUGACGGAGAACUUCAGUGUUUUUACCACUCGACACACUUGUGUGUUUUAUGUACUGUAUGUACAUUUGUGUGAACUGUAUCACUUUAAAUCACCUGCAGGUCCUGGUUGUAGUUCUGACUCUGAGCUGAGCUGGUUAGUUGCUAAAUAACACAAACUGUGUCAAUAGCUGCUUCUAGGUUUCCUGAAGAAUAUAGUAUACAAAUAUUACAUUUCUAUAGAUAUUUGUUUCCUUCCUCAGAAGUUGCAUAGUCUAACUUUAAGUGUUAAAAAUUUAACUGAAUGUCUUGAUGUAUUUUUCCUUGAAAUGCAUCUGUUCCACCGUACUGCCUUGCAUCAUGUUGACUUGAGGUGCUGAAACAUGUUAAAUAAUGAGAUUUUACUGUUAAGUUUUUGUAGUUUUUACUUCAUUCAGCUUGUGUUUUUAAUUGCUCAUAGAGCUGUUUAGUGCAACGUGAAGCAGAGAGCUGGGUGUCACACUAGAACGAAGCAGUUUAAUCCUAAAACCUUCGUCUUAAACAUCCAAAUUACACCAACUAAUGUGUCCUAACAAGGUGAAAUAGUCUUAAAGUGCCUUUUUAUGUGUGGAGAUGGCAGACUUGUAAAACAAUUUCCUGUGCACAAACAUGUGGCCUUUGAGAAUUUAUUAGAGGCAAAAUAGUUAAAACAAUAAUAAAACUCUUACAUAGAAAAUAGUUGCUUAGGGUUAUUAUGACAAAGGAUAAUUAAAUUCUCAUUUUUAAAACUAACUAGAGGAGGUUGUAACUAUGGAUGGACUGAUGAAUCAACCUGGAGUUCCUUAGUGUUGGGAGAUUGAUCGAUACUUGCAUGAGAAGCUGGUCUUAUCCACUGAUCUUAACCAUCUCUGCAAAAGUCUGAUAAUCAGCCUCUGUCCUUUUCUGCUUUGAUGUCAGAGGGCUGAGUGACCUCCCUGCCCACCAGGUCAUUUCUGCAUAUGUUCAGUUGACAGAAGUCAGUCCAUUUGCCAAAAUUUUUAGCAACUUCUCAGACAAAAAUUGGUAUCAGCCAAAAUUGGAAUCAGGUGAUCAGCGAUCAGCCUGAAACUACCAUCCACCUCUGAUUACAACAAGAUGAACCAGCCACACUUUUGAAAAUGUGGAAUGAGACCACACCCUGCUAGGUGUCUGUACAGCCUCACAUUUUACCUCAAGAGCUAAGAGAAGGUGUCACAGAUUAGAGGAAAUAAGUAGUCACAGUUGGUUGAUGAAUAAAAUGACCAAAAACAGUUAUCUAAAAUCCUAAUGCUAGCUAUAGAGCCUGGAGAAAUGAGCUUUACUUUGCAGUAAAUGAUCUCAGUCCUUCAAGUCGAGUUCUGCAUGUAUCCCUAACUGUGUCUGAACAGAACUAUUACUGUUCCUCAAUCAGCUUAAAAUCUGUAUUUAUGUUCUGCCAUGUGAAUUCUGUAUGUAAGGUUUAAACAUAAACUCUGUUUUGAAAGAGUUUUCCUUAAUGUGUCUGAAAUAUUUUAGGUACUUUUGUUUUGAUGCUGAUGUACAUCUGAUGUUUACCUUUUAGUACAUUUAUCAGAUUGAUACUCAGAUGUUUUCCAUUGGUUGCUAGGUACAUGGUGUGUCACAUGCAAAUUUUUCAUUAAUUUUAUUUCUGAUCAACUUUUUCUUCUGAGAUGAAUUGACUGUUUUUGUACUUACUUUUCAAUAGAAUACGGAAGAAUGUGAUGCCACGCUGUUUUCUACUAUGCCAUGUUAAAAUAAAAUCAUCAAAAUAU